AUGUCUCUCAACAGCGUAACAUCAGGCCUCGGCGCCCCCGUCUCACAGGCCACAGGCAAUGUUCAAAAUACCGUCUCGGAGACCACAAAGCCCGUUACAAACACCGUCUCAGACACAACCUCCGACCUCCCAGGGACAUUCCCCAAAGAUGAAGCUCCCACCAACCGACAAAACAACGUGACCAUCCCCUCCGCGUCGGAACUCUGGACCUCCAUCAUCGCUUGGGUAAAGGGUCUUAUCCCGCGAGGCGUCGAUAUCUUCGAGGCCGCCGUACGCCGCUUCAUCCAAUGGCUUAUCCCACAGGAGCGACAGGCGGCCAUGUACAAGGCAGCCAUGGAGCAUCCGAUCGCGGCGACGUUCGUUACGUGCCAGCUGAUAUGUGUGGGCAUUCCGCUGAUACUGUUUGUUGCCGGGACGUUGCUAUUUGCGGCGGUGGCGAUGUUGGUUUGGGUUGUGCUUUCGAUCUUGAUACUGGGUCCGAUUGUGCUGAUUGCAAGUCUGAUGGGUGUGUCGCUUUGGGGAUGGGGGUGGUUUUUGUUUGGGCUUGUGAGGUGGCUGGAUAGGUUGGUGCUUGGGGGGAUGAUGGAGAGGCUUUGGAAGGCACAGCUUCAGCAGCAGAGGGAGGAGAUGGAGGAGGAGAAUUCUGAAAAGGAGAAGCAGGAGGGGGUGCAGAAGGAGACGGAUGAAGAGAAGAGAGAUGAUUAG